CUAUAUAGAUGUUGAUAAUGGUGGCAGUUUAUAUAGCAAGAGUUAGGCGCCAGACAUACAUAAACUACGAUCAUUAUAGUAAGAGAAGAUUAUCAGAUUUCGGGUUGAUUGGUAGUCAAGAAAAUUACUUAGGUUCAGGAAAAGCUCGGGGUUUGAAUUAAACCACUUUCACAAUGUUAACCACAUCUUAAAAAGCCUUCAGAAACCCCUGAAAGCGUACUUCUCCUGAAACUAUAUUUUUAGCUCAUCCUGCCUUUGAACUUAUUCCAUGGCGGGGCAUUUACAGUUCGUCUGUCCAUCUACAAUUCCUCAAGAAUCGCUACUCCUCCUACAGUAUUGGUCAGAAUUUAAUCAAACUUGCACAUGUUUAUCACCUAAUGGGUCCUCACCUAAAUUGUGCUCAAGGUGAAGGUCAUACUUGUCGUUUUACGGGCAAUAACAUGAAUUGCGAUGGAUUGUGAGCCGGAUGAGUUACAGUGUCAUUGACGUUCUGGCUCCAGUCUUUUCUCCACCUGAGCUGUAAAACUCAGCACAGCAUCCUGAACAGUCAGUUUUUCAGUGACGGUUUUGGAGCAGCAUUAAUUACGGUGGCGUAAGAACAACACCAACACAUUGAUUCAUUCUCCAUUUGGGUUUUUCCCAUGGAAGCUCUAGUAUACUACAACCCUUCCAUCCAGGCAGACUAUGUACCGCCAUAUAUAGUUUUAGUUUUGUUUUCCAAGCAUUGCACAGUAAGUGAAGAGGCCAUUUUACGAUGACUAGAAUGGAUGCAGUAUUUGUUGCUUAAUUUAUGUUGAAUUAAAUGUGUUUGAGCUGCAGGUCAGAAUUAUUUACUCUUUAAAUUACAGUUUUUAUUGGGUGGAAAUAAAAAUGUUAGUAUUUGCUGGACUAUGGACAUCACACUAUGGGUUGCUGAAAUGGAUACGAUGACCAAGUAAAUUGUAUCCACAGAACUCUUGUGUUAGCCUGACAUUUUCACAACUGUGGAGAUAUAAAUAUGGAGGUUUGGAGCUUUUUUACCUGCCCUGACAUUAACUUUUCAAACCAAGUACCUCAGGAUACAUUUGCUGUGAUACUAUUUAGUAGAGUUGGAAAUAAAAGUUAUUUAAUGUCUUUUUUUUCUACAAAAAUGAUAAUAAUCAAGCAUGCCAACACCUGCCUUAAAUGUGUCCUGAAGACGGAGCCAGUCUGCUAUCAGUCUGCGAUUGAAUGGGGUUAAGUUAGCAAUUACAUGCAACCUGUUUCUGCAGCAAUUAACUGUGAUAGGUCAUAGAAAAAUCACAUAGCUGUUGCUGUCUACAUGGACAGAAACUAAUAUUUAACUAUUACAUUUGUGCUCAGCAACUUUCCCUUUGUUUGAGCGGUUUGGUCGAGUAACAUUAUCUCAAGAUGGUGGUGCAUGAGAUCAGCCCUCACGUGUGUUGUAUUUCCAUAGUAGUUUGAUUUAAUGAAUAAAAUGUCGAUAUUUGGUGUCACUGUACUGUAUCUGUAUUUUUCCCCUCACCCCUCUGUUUAGCCUGUUUAGUGAAUUUGUGUGAUGUAGUCUGUGGACAGUGAUAAAAUCUUUCAGUCAACAACAAAAUCUGUAGUGGCAGCAAAAGCCUGUUGGGAUAUGUGGUGGGAUUGUGUACAAAUAGUUGUUGAUUAAGUCAGGAUAACACAAAUCUGUUUGGAUCAAGUCCUCAGCUCUGUUAUAGCCAUCCUGGCACAGAAAAUGUCACAUUUAAACAACUGAAUGAAAUCAUUUUACUACUUUUUGCUGAACUGUUCGGAAUAUCAUUCAUUCUGUGAGUCAAACAUCCCUGCCUCACCUCAGCUCGUCUUGUCGUUUCAUUCACUUUUUCGUCUUAUUAAUUCGGGACCGCAAGGCCAGUAUCAGUGUACCACCAAGGAGAAUCGUGGUGUGAUAUGAACAUAGAUAGCUCUAUCCACAAAGUGCAUUGUGGGACCUGGGUGUGAGCGCAUAGGAUGAAGCCGUGCCGCAGCGUCCAGAGGUCCAUCUGGGCAUUAUGCGCAUGAAGGCUCCGCCCCGUCGUAAGUUCCUUCUCCGUCUGUUGAAGCAGCUCGGAGACACCGCAUGGCAGAAAUCUGUUCCUCCCCUUUCACCAUGGGGGAGCAGUUUAGAUGGGGUCAUUCAAAUGUGUGUAUGUGUGUGUUGGAAUAGCAUGCUUCUGUGUUUGACGGUGUGAGCCAUUAAGCAUGAGUAAUUUAAGGAUUGCAAGAACGGUCUCCACAUAUGCCCUGUGCUGUCCCAGCCUUGUGUGUGUCCGAGUGCACGCACUCGCGUUUUGUCCACAAUGAAGAUCACUAAUUUUGAAAGUUACUUCUAGCCUUCCAUUUAAAGAAGCACCCCGUUUCUUGUUCAGAUGUCCUGUUGUCCUGUGUUCUCUCCCUUCCUUGCUCCAGUCUGUAUAAUGUACUCAGUGACCUUGGCGAGAAUGAUCCAGUGGCAGAUUGCUACAUGGUAGGGGCACAGUAGCUAUUAUUUUGAGUCAGUGCGGGAUAGACUGCCAAUAUUUCUUCUAAACAGGAUGGGGGAGGUCAGCUGACUAAAAUCAAUCUCUGCUACAUGUUUCACUAUAACUCUUAAAAGCAGCUUCAUAGAGAAGAUAUAUUUCUGGUGUUAUACCUCUGUUGCUUCUCUUCCGUCUCUUGAUGCCCUUGGGUUCCUAGUUUUGGAAAGAGCUUGGAGGGGGAGAAAGCAUGCAUGCGUUGAGUAAACAUAUAAAUUAAGUAUCCAAACAGAAGAUAAAUAAAUGAGAGAUUUGCUUAUGGGCGGUCCUGCAGCUCACUGAUUUUUACUAGAAUGUCAGCGCAAGAACAUAACCUGAAAUCUGUCGUUUGAUUCUUGUAUGGUUUCCAUACCACAGUCAGUCGGUGAACCUUCUUUACACUCUUCAUGCAUCUUGGUCAGUGCACUCUGGAGUAAACCCCUCUGUGACACUAGCUGUAUAGAAAAUCAUUGGAUUUGCUCUCAUAUAUGUGUAGGGGGAGAAUGAGCUUUUUUCUUGGGCCACUUGGAGACUGUUUUAUUUUUUUCCCAUCACACCGGCUUGUGUUAGAUUUACGAGCAGGCCCAAACAGGAUGCUCCUCCAUCUUUGAGGAAGGGGAAUAGUGGAGCUGAUGUAAUAAUCGCAAUCUUUUUCCAACCCAGAAUAGUGACUGUGUGAGGUGUAUGUAUGCAUCACAAUAACAAGUUGGGUUAGUUGUUUACAGGCCACAGCAGCAAAGUUUUCAUUACUUACCUUUUAAUGGUAUUUUUUUUUAUCCCCCCCUCCCCAAUUUGUUCCACUCUUUCUCGCCCCUACCCACCCUCCCAUUCAGCAGAGGAGUAGUUGGCAGCGGCAUAAAGCAUCAGCCUGCUCCGACGACUCGUGCCUGAGUCCCUGCCAACCUGUGUGAAGCUAGGAAGGGGAAUAGGAAAGAGGGAGGGAAGGGGACAAAAGAGAGGAAAGCGAUAGAAUGGAUUUUUUUUUUGGAAGGAAGUAAACAGAGCAGCCUGGAAAUCAACCUUCCAAUGCCAGUUUUGGCAUCCAGGGAUAGAACCUCUCCCGGGUCCCUGUGAGGAGGCAGGAGCGCUUGGACUUCAGUUUUACGGACAAGCAUGCAGUCAAUGGGAAUCCAACUGUGGAGCCUUUCCCAGAAGGGAUGGAGACCAUCAUGUUUGGAAUGGGCUGUUUCUGGGGAGCCGAGAAACUUUUCUGGCGACUUCCGGGAGUCUUCUCCACACAAGUGGGCUAUGCAAGUGGCUUCACACCAAACCCCACUUACGAAGAGGUCUGCUCAGGUCUGACAGGUCACACCGAGGUGGUGAGAGUGGUGUUCUCCCCCCAAGACAUCAGCCUUGAAGAACUGCUUAAACACUUUUGGGAGAAGCACGAUCCAACACAAGGUAUGAAGCAGCACAAUGACCAAGGUACUCAGUAUCGUUCAGCCAUUUACACAUCCAACCCCACUCAGCAGGAGAUUGCGCUGAAGAGUAAAGUGGCCUUCCAGCAGGAGCUGGAGAAAAAAGGAUAUGGGCCCAUUACAACUGAGAUUCUGGUUGGACAGCAGUUUUACUACGCUGAGGACUAUCACCAGCAGUAUCUGAAGAAGGUACCUAAAGGCUACUGUGGCCUCAAAGGCACCGGGAUUUCCUGUCCCAUCGGCGCCAGAAAGGAUGAAAUGUGAGCCACGUGUGGUGAGAGAGGGAAAAUACUCAGCUCGCAGAAUAUGCUUCUAGGCACUAAUUUCAUUGUUCGCAGUCCAUGCAUCUAAUUCAUUUUCUUUUUCUUAUAAAUGGACUGUAUCUACAAUGCAUCUGUCCGUAUUUGUAAGAUAAUAACACAUUAGUCAACAUCAUUACUGAGCCUCAUAUCUGUUAUAAGCUUCAGUAAUUCCUGGCUGCCUUCCAGCUAUGGAGAACACAAACAUGUGUAAAACAUUUUUGAGAGAUUUUCUAAAUAAAACAAAACAAAAAAAACCUUGAAAAACUUGGAGAGCAAUGACACAAAAUAAAUGUUUAAAAGCUGCAUAAAAAUUAAUUUGAAACAUGAUUGAAUUUUGUAUUGCAGUGCUCUUUUUGACUGCAGUAACUAACAGCUUCCAGAGGGUGGCGAGAUUUCACAAAAGAAAUCCAUACGUUAUGUAUAAUAUACAUAUAAUGUGGGAUGAUGUUGCAAAGGAAGAGUGUAUAAACAUUGUCUUGGUAAACUGGAAGAUGAAACGGUUUUCCAACCUGAUCCGUGUAAUCCGUCUCACCUCCAACACUGCCACAGCACUGUGACAAAGCUCAGUUUCUUAUACUUCUUAGCAGGCAAAGACACCAAUACUAGCUUGAUUUUAAUGCUGUUUUUCUUUAGUUUUUAACUUUUCUAAACACUGCAAUUUAAUUCCUUUUAUUACUUGUUGUUGCCUUUCUUAUUAUUACACUGGAAAUAAAAAUGUUUCUCCUCCUACCUUAUGUUUAGUGUGCAGGUGUUUGUGUAUAUAUGUGUCAGUAUGUGUUAAUUUAUGCAUAUGUCUGCCCACAAAGCUCUGUAUAUAUACACACACAGAUAUCUAUAUUUAUAAAAUAAAGAAAAACCACUGCGUAAAGUAUUUUGUCCCCUUUUCAGCCCCAUUUGAGAAGGGACGUACCACUGGGGGGGACAAAUGGGUGACUCACUGUGAUAAACAGAUGCACAUUCAAAGGCCAUUCAUUCUGAAUCACACAAUGACACACUUGAAUACCCGUGCAUUCAAUAUGAUACACGGUUUGCUUAAACUUUCACUCUACGCUACGUAGCCCAUAAUUAGGAAUGAAAGGCUCAUUAUUUGACAUACUUAAAAGAAUUGAAUUUCCGAUUCUGCCUUGUGUGCAGAAUUUCUUGCGUGUUUUUUAUAAUUAAACACAUCAACAUGAAAGUCUGUUUAAAAAUGAAAAUCACACACAUGGUUACACUCCAAAAUACAGAGAUGAUAUCUAGAAAAAGCUUUCUGGUCGACCGCAGUAGUGUGAUUCACCCCGCUCUUGUUCUUCCCCCUCCCUCUCUGCUAUCUCUCUCUGUCUGUGUGUAUGUGUCACAUCCUGACACCUGUGUGUAGGUGUGGACCAGGGCACAGGUGCAGGUGCAACCUCUGUAGGCCUAUUUUAGUAUUGGGACAGAUAUUUUUGCAUGUGUCUGCAUGCAGCAGCUCUGUAUGUGUGUGCGUGUGUGUCGAGGCAUGUGAAGCUGUGGCUUGCUUGAUCGAACCGCGCUGAGUGGUGUGUGGUUGGGCCAGCUUGCUGUUUUCCAGUGCCUGCUUAUAUUUUUGCAUUCUGCUUUGCGUCUCAAGUGUGUGAGAGGAGAUAACCUUUUAAUGAAGCGAUCUUCAUUUCCCCCGUCUUUGACGAAGAGAGUGGCAUUAAAGCCUUAAUCGCGCUGUGACAUCAGGUUUUCCGCCAUCUGUGAUGAUUUCUGACUGAAACAAGAGAUGCCUGAGUGAGCCACAGUAUGAUUCUCCCACAAAGCAGAGACGCCGUUAUCACUAACUCAGGUUAUGAGUUGAUAAUACGUAGGGAGAGAUUUUUGUGUGGAAAAUUACCGGCUUUAACACAGACAUGUAAAAACGAGUGCCAUUUAGAGUGUAGCUGCGUGAGUAAAUGUGUUUUCUCUGUAUUCCUUUGUAAUAGAUUAAAAUGGGGCUUGGAAAUGCUUGGUACUCUCAUGUACGCAUCCAUACACAAACACAGUGAGGCAGAACAGGACAGGAACCAGGCUGUGUGCGCCCUUCAGACAGAGCCUAUUGUCUGCAGAUGGGCCUUUAAUGGCCCCACAGCUGGCCACAAAGGGCUCACCGCUCCAGCGUGCUGCUUUGCCUCUCACUGGCCUAUACUCCAAGAGAGGGGGCAGCUCACAUCCAUACCAGCAUCACGCAUUUGAUAUAUUCUUUUUUUCUGUCACAAGAAAUCUUUUUUGUGUAUUACCCAUCCGUUUUUAAACAACUGUGCUCAUGAAAAUCGUUGCCAGAUGAUUUGAAGAAAGCUUUUGCAAAGACCUGUGACACUGUGGAACAGUGGGCUGAAGCUGGUGCUGGUUGUUUAUGAGAGGUACUCUGCACUCUUACCCACACGUGUACACUCAACCCUCACAAACACAAGUCCCAACCGCUACCUCGAACUCCGUCCUGUACUGCCGCCUAAUGCAAAAGGCAGCGCCCACGCAAAAGAAGCAAACACACCAAAAAGACACCUUGCAGAGACGUGCACCCACACAAAUUCUUGCACUCUGAUAUGCUCUCUAAGGUGUCCUCCUUUCAUAGCUUUUCAUGUAUCUUCCCUUUAAGAGCUUCAAUCGAGCUAACUUUAUUUAUAUACCAUACCCUAUGUGCAUACACCAUUGGAGAGAGCAUUGUUUUAUACCAUUUCCUGUUUUAGAUACCAUGUGGUGACAUAAUCUAUUGUUUUAGACACCAACACAGCUUUUCUUGGAGAGCUAUAUAUAAAGAACAAUAGCACAGAGCGGUGUAUACUGGUGCUGUCCUACCAGCUGGAGGAUUGUUGUGCCUUCUUGUCCUGCUCCUCACAUAAUUAUGAGAAUUUGGAGCGAUGCAACCAUUUGGUUGUGUGGGGGUGCGUAUCGUCUUCCGCACAUGUGAUAGCGAAGGGACGGGAGCGCUUUGCUUUUCUAUAGGGCCUGUACAUUACUCCGUGAUGAUAUGAGAAGUUGUGUGCGGGUUUUGCAGAUGCCAGAUGUGUUUGCAUCCCCUCUGUUGCUCUCUCUUCCCCUCCCUCUGGUUCCUGCAUGGGCGCAGGGUCUCAAUCAGAGCAUCAGGGCUCCAGGAACCAGAGCACAGCAGUCUCUCUGUGCUGCCCAGAGAAGUGCAGCCUUGUCUGGGUCGAUGCAUCUGUGGCCUGGGGGCGAGCUGGGGGAAGAGGGCAAACCCUGGUGCCCCUGCAUGCCGGUUUCACUCGAGGUCGGCUCUGUUAGUGCAGCCUGACCCUUUAACUCUGAGAGAGAAACACGAGCAUAUUACCAAAUACGGCAGAUCAGCUACAGCAUGCCAGUCAUUGACAAAGCAGUGAUGUUGUGUUUAAAAAAUGUACUCUCAAACAGGUUACUUUGGUGCAGCAGAAACGCAGGCUCACACAUGUUCACAUACACAUGUGUUUUCCCAAAAAAGACAGAAUGUUAUAACUUUGUUCUUCUUUGCCACUGGGAAUAGCACUGGGGGGGUGGAGGCCAGCACGUGCUGCAGGGCCCUGUUGGCUGCUAACUGGCCCACAGGCUUUCUGGCUGACAGCCCACUCCGUGACACUCUGCACCUGGGAGCCUGUGUGUUGUCAGCCAUGCUAGCUAGCUCAAGCUACCACCACAUGACACACAGGAAACACAGAAAUAACUGCUGAGUGUCUUCAGCACAGUUAUCACGUACUGGGAGUGUGCUGCUGACAGAAAAUGGUUGAGAGGAGCUCUUAAAAGAAAGCAGAAAGAUGUAGGAGUAAUGGCUGGAAUUGGACUGAGUAAUAGCAGUAUGGAGCAAGAAGAGAGAAAAGUGAAAAGAAAAUUGAAACACCAAGAUGCUUAGGCUCUUGCACCUGUGCCUCUUUGUGUUAGAAGAAGAUUCCACUGGCCUUGAUUCAAACACUGCUGAACAUUUCUCUGACACAUGCAAUGCAUCCUGUUUAUCAUGUCAUUUUUAUAAUCAAGCCACUACAGAGAUGAUUGUGUAACAAUCAAAAGAUUGACAUUUUGCAGCUGGGGCGCCCAUAUAACAGAUACAUUUCCAAACCAUCUCUCUUUUAUGUAGUGUGUGUGUGUGUGUGUUUUUAUAGCUUUAUCUGCUCUGUCCAUCAACUGCUUGAGUCAUUGCAGCUUCACAUCGCGCAGGUGCGCAAGUUAAGUAAACUCUUAAAAUUGCUAGCAAGCUCUCAAUUAGAGCUCAGUGCAGGAAAGUAUUGAGUAACGUUUGGGCUUUCAGGUGGCAAUGUGCUGAUGUGUAACCAUUCUAAGGAAAGAGGGCAGAAACAGGACACACACACACACACACACACACACAGAGUCUUUGCAUUGCAACAUGCGCAAACUGUUUUCCGUGUGCUUGCCACAGCCAACUAAUUUCUGUCAACGGUGCAGAUUGAAUCUUGGGUUCAGUUUCCUGAUGAGACUCAUCAUAAAGAUGGUGGCAUGAUGAUGUUGCCUAUUUGCAACUAAAUAUAUGUUUCUGUCUAGGAAGUGGCGACAACAAAGGAAGAUUAGAAAUAAAUGUGUAGGAAAUGAGUAGAUGGUGGGAGAGAAAAAGAAAAGGGAGGAGAGAUGGUGCUCGCUGCACCAGGAGGAAGCUGGGUCUGAUGCCACUCCAUGCAGCUGCUCCCAAACACCCACACUCUUCCUGUUGGAGUGUGUGCAUAUGUGUGUGUGUGUGUGCGUCUAUGUUUAGUUUUUUUGUAUAGAAAUUUACUUCCAACAGGUUCCAACACAGAAUUAUGUCAUUCUGUGAAACAUUUCAGUUGAUGCACGCAAAAAGCAAAUUAUAACCUCCAUGGUGUAUGAAAGAGAAAGGGUUCAGCAGCGAGGCACGAAGACUCUUGGUAUCCUACUGAAGACGUAAUUUUCUCCUAUGCGGCUGAGGCCCUCUGUGUCUUUUCAAAGAAAUACUGGCCUCAAAAAACAUCCGCUGGUGGAAACGCUGGCCUGUCAGUCAGUGAAUGGAAAGGUUUGAGGUGAGAAUGUGGCCACAUUGAGGUGUCAGGGUGUGCAAUUGUGUAUGUGUCAAUAUAUGAGUUUGGCGGUCUCUCUAAGUUUCCAAUACAAUAAAAUGCAAAGAGUUUUCGUUAGCCACAUUGCACUUGUGCUUUACACUGCACAUUUGUCUCUGAUCACACUGACCUCUGACAUAUACAUAGUAACAUGCACCAUGUGCAUCAUUUCCUAUUUAUAGACCUCUGUGGGAGAAAAAAAAAUAUCAAUACCUCAGAACGUUCAGCAUAUACAUGAUAAGUAACUAUGACAUAUUAGACUAUUAAUGGCUUUGCAUUUUUCUCAUUUAACUGAAUAUUAAAAGUAGCAAAGCUGCUUCACAAAGACUGACAAAAAAAGAAAAGGCAAAAAAGGUUAAAUGUAUGCAACUUAAUGCGUAUUUAUCAGUGAGACACCAUCAGGGCUGUUACUUUAGAUGCAGCCAUAAUGUCCUAUUGUGUCAGCUGAUCAAAUAUUGUCCUAUAACGUGCUAUUAAAUUGGACUGGGUCAGUGGGAUGAUUAGAGACUUGUGCUACUGAUUUUUGUUGUUUUAUUGCUUUUUUUUUUUUGCAAAUCUCCUUGAUUGUUCAUGAUGAUCCGAGUACUGUGUAAUAGUCUAUAGUAGACUAUUACACAGUACUGCAAGUUGGUGUGUGGUUCUUAUUGAAGAGAAUCAGAUUUUAAUCAAUUGAUAGCAUAAUAUGUAUGCUACAAUUUAACAUACAUAUGUUUUUAUUUUCGAUCCCUAAGACUGACUGUAACCAUGCUCCAAAAACAUUGUGUAGCAGCCUCAGAUACGAGAAGUGGACUUAGCCUAGUCCAAGGCUAAAAAUGCUUACAGGGGCAACAAAAAAUUGUCAUUUAGUUUAGACUAGUUUUAACCAAUGUCUACGAAAUUGGCUAUAAGGAAAUAAAAACUAAUGCAUGACGACAAAAAGUGUGAGGAAAUGAACUGACGCUCACUGUGCAUGAAUAAAAACAUCUCUGCAGAGAUGAGAUCCAAUCAGAACUACUUAAUUGCGUAGAAACAUGGGACGAGUUUGGAAGUGUGCAGUAAGAUUAGAUGCGCACAUUUGAGCUGCCCCGGGGAACGGGUAGAGCUUUGUUUAUUCUGGUAAAAUGCUUUUUAAACUGUGUAAACUGUUACACUUUAUAUUUUAUUCAAAUGACUCAAGUUUAGAUCUAGAUUUAGUCUAAUAUAAUCUCACGAUAUGCAGUCGACUAAAGCAGAGUAAAAAGAAUUUAGAUGACUAAAUUACGGUUGAAUAAAACUGACGUUUUAAAUAAAAAACUAUGACUAAACCUGCUUCUUUAGUCAUUUAACCAUGCAUUUUAUACACCUAAAGGACUUUGUCUGCUUACCUCACCUCCGUGGCCAAUAGAUGUGCAUGUGUUUGGACUGUAGGAGGAAGCCCUAACUGGCACAGGAAGAAAGUGCAAGCUCCACGCAGAAAGGCCCCAGCUGGGGUUCAAUUCAGGAACCUUCUUGCUGUGAGACGAUAGCACUAACCCCUGUAUCACCAGGCCACCCGUAUAUGGUAGCCUAGAAGACGCUUAGGUUUUAGGAAAUCAUGACUGGUGGGACUAUAUAUGCUUUUUUUGCUUAAGAAGUAAUCUUCUUCACUGUUGUAUGAAACAACAUGUAUUGGCUCCCUUCCCAAGACCUCGUUCUGUGAGACAUUUUAUGAGAAGUGCAGUACUUUUGAGAAGAAACACACCAGCACCAGUACAAAUGGAGGCCAUCAAAUACGAAUUAGGCCAGCGGUGCAUACUGAUUUGUCGGGUAUUUUCUAAAAUCUCCUGUAGUGUGCAAACCUUUUGAUGACAAAUUUAUUUUCCUCCACCUCAUCAACUCGUUCUUUAUCUUAUCUGUAUUUUCUGAUCUGUCUUUCUCUUGUUCACUGGCUUCUCAGUCUGUCACACACUUUUUCCCCUUCUUCUGUUGGGGCCAUGUGAGAUGAGUACAAGACAGAGGAGAGUGUGAGCUGUGGUGAGCCACAGACCAAAAUAACUGGUACUUUUUUCUUUUCUUUUUUUUUGUUAUAAAAACACAUGUGCAUCCACCCACACGUAAAGUCACACAUGCGUGCGCUGUCCCACGCAUAAGCACAGUCACAAAGAGGUCCCUUUUACUUUAGGAUCCCUGGAGAGGGGUGUCACUGGAUGUAUGUUUGGCUCUGUCAGUGGAGAUGCAAGUAUUGGAAAUGAACCCCCGUGAGGUGACACUGUUUGGUAGAGCAGCGGAAAGUCUUUUCGGCUGUCUCGACUUAAUAUUAGAAGGUACCAUUUGGAAAUAAAGCAAUUAUUUCAUUCUUUCGGUUUCCUCGUUUUGUGCGAGAUACUGCUCACUCAGUCGGGUUUGCUUUCUCUCUCGGUCUCCGUUGCCGUCUCUUGUGACAGAUCCUGCAGCCUCCCUGUCAAGCUGGCAUAGUGGCAUCAUUCUAAAACUGGUAUUAGGCAUUUCCUGCUGCGUCCGUUGGCGGGUGUAAGGGUGUGUGUGUGUGUGUGUGUGUGUGUCAGCGCGCGCGUGUGUGUGUGUCGGGGCGGAACGCACCUGGUCCGCGCAGCUGUGGGGAUCCUAGCAGGGGGGAGAGAGAGAAAGAGAGAUAUAGAGGAAGGAGAGAAAGAGAGAUGGAUGGGAGGAGACGAAAAGGGGGCCCUGUGUGCUUUAUCGGGGACCCAACAAGUUCAAAUAGAAAGAAAGAAAGAUGCGGGUAGAAAAAGGGGAGAUUUUAUUUUUUUUCAGUCUGUUGCCGUGGCUUGUCGCGCAGGUCUUACACCGUAUUCAUUCCACAAGCUUCGAACUUUGUGAAACUGCCCUCUUAGAUUGAGAUUUUCGGGCUGUUGAAGACAGAUUUGUGUGUCAAAGUUUCUCCGUCAGCCAGAUGCAACUGUGAUCAGCCAGAUGCAACUGCGACGGAAAUCUGUACGCUCUGUUUCUUCUCUCCUGGAAUGGUUUGACAAUCAUCCCAAACACCCCACUUUUUCUAAUAAAUUGUUCCUGUGUGUAUUUGAGAGUCAUUUAAGUGAGACCCGUCCAAAUGGCAUUAUGCAUAUCUCCACGAGGAAAGGAAAGGAAAGGAAAGGAAAGGAAAAAGCAAAUAUUAAAUACUAGGUAGUGCGUCAUCUAUUUGGUUAACAUGUAAAACUUAACAAUAUUAGGAAGUAAAUGCAGCUCCUCUUUCGUUUGCCUGCUCCCAAAUGCCUUACUGUAAGUUGUGUCAGUCUGCGCAAAUGCAGUUCCUCUGGUCCUCUGCAGAGGGGGCAAGGAAUCUAGGGGGAAAAAACCUAUGGAAGAACAACGAUAAUAGUAAAGAUUCUAGCAUGCAGAUUUAGAGUGAGCAAAUAGGCCAAUCGCAGGAGGAAACCACGUAGGAACCCACACUGUGAGAAAACAAACAGAUGUGUUUAUGAGGCUUUUUCAUUUAAAGAGCACAGAACUUCUUCAGGAUGUAACCAAAGCGCAGAUGUGCACAGUCUGUUUUACAGCUGGAUGACCAAGGACGGGUCAACACUGGAAAGGUCAAGUGACCAGGCCGGAGGUCACGCUACAGAGAACCGCAACUCAGGAAAGAUGAGCACAAAGGAAUCUAGUGCACAAUACACACUCACACCCUCUCGCACACAUUCACUCAAGCCAUCAUUAAAACUGUUGCAACUCUUGACCCUUUGCUCCACAUGGGUAGAGAAAGCGGAUAGUCUCAGUCUGCAUUCUGACGGCAGACACACACACACACACACACACACACAUCACCACCCCCUUCAUUAGGUCAUUUGAUUAGAAGCCACCGGGAUGACAUGGGUCAACAUCAAAGCAGCAUCUCAGCAGAACAGAUGCAAAUAAAGUUAACUUCAUUCUCUGGAGAUUAGAUUGUUACAGUCAAACUCGUGCAAUAAAAUAUGGAACAUACGGGGAAAUGUUAGGCUUUAUGAGAAGAAGGUUGCAGAUAUCUGGUGAGCUCUUUCUAACUCAAAACUACCAGCUUUCCUUCACUUCCAGACAUAUUGUCACUUAUAACAGCAGCACUUCUCGUGAACUUUACAUGGACUUUCAUGUGUAGAAUCUUGAACUUUAAAAUGUACUGAUGUUUUGAUUGUGUUAUGCAUAUAAAAUUUAAACUGUAGAGGUUUUUAUCUCCAGUUUGAUCUUCUCACACAUGAGAAAAACAACCAAAUGCUACCUUACUCACAACAUCUGAUCUAACCCAUUUUAACAUUGCUGCAGAACUUACACUUGUGCCCCUGGUACACCAUGUUUUACCAUUUACUCUUUCCUUAAUGUCCCUUAAUGUUACUUGUAGCUAUAGUUACUACUGUUGAGCAGAACCUAAACUGUCUCCUUUUAACUAGUGUGCAAGUAUUUGCAAACUAUUAACUGUGGCCUUUUUUUACAUUCUCACACAACCUCAAAAAAGCUGCUUUUUAAUGAUAUUCAGGAGAUGUCGGGUCACAGCAGGUGAAAUGAAAUGUCGUAAUUACAUAGAGGUGACUGGACUAAUGCAUUACAAAUUGUGGUACUACUAAGUGUUCUAAUUAGAGCAAAAUGGAUUUAGCAGCUAUUUCAAUUUGCCUAAUUGCUACCUAAUUUGACCUUUCAGUAGUUAGACUUUUGUAUGUAUGUGUGAGUUACUUUUUGGCGUUUCUUCAUGUGGGCAGUUAAUGCUGGCCAUCUAUUUUGAGAAGGAUGCAAAAUUAAAUUAGAGAGCAUUUGUGGCCUCUUAUAUGCGUACAACAUCCAAAACAUCAGGGGGGAAAAUUCCCUGAGAUGGGAACAAACGCUGGUUGUGAUUGUUAUUUUCCAGUUACAUGCAUGAAUGUAUAUACUUUGUGUUUGCAUGGUUUGUUUAAUUGCAAGCUACUUCCAAUUUAAAACCUCUUGUUCUAUAAACAGCAGUGAAACAAUUGUGGUUAUUAUCACAGCAACGUGUGAAAAAUGCCUUUGAUGGUCUGUGAAUGUCAUUUCCCAUGACAUCUUAAACCACUUAACUGUAGUCAUUCCUUAUUAUGGCUACCUUGGGUUCUGUUUGCUGUUUUACUUUAAAUUACCUGCAAUACACACAACCACGCGUGCACACACACACAUGCACACAAUCUUAUCAGUAGAUAUGCUAAGUAACACGGUCAGUGAUGCGCGUUAGUGACCCUGAGUUCAAUUAGCCUUGGCAUGCAGCCUAAUUUCACAGUGUGACCCCUGCCGAUACACACACACACACACUCGCUCGGCAAAACCAGUACGACUCUCUUAAACUGUCUAUCCACUGAUGAUCAAUGUGCGCUUUGAAGGAAGCACUAGAGCGGGGGAACGAAGGAGGGGUGAGCAGUUGCAGGAACCAUGGAUGACAGUGUUGAGGAGGAGGAGGAGAGGUGCAUUAUGGGACAAGAGGUGAGGAAGGUGACAUUGGGUCCACUUUGAUGAAUGGCCAUGCGCAUGCAGAGAUAGUAACUUUAGAGGCUAAGUGUCCUUUGACCCAGCCAGUAAAGUGUUACGUCAAGAUAACAGUUUUAGCAUUUGUUUUAAAGCUAAGAGAGAGGGAGGGAUUGUGU